GUCACCUGGUUCAGUUGCAUUGUGAAGGGUUUUUGUUGAUGGGAUAAUGAGUACAUUGUAAAACGUAACUUAUUCUAAAAAACAUACCGAAUUCAAGACUAGAAUGCAAAAACUAUGCCCUAUUUCUGACCAAAACGGCUAAAAACCACCUACAUAUAGCCCAUUUAAGGGAUUAACCACCCUCCCCCUGCUGCCCUCACCUGGGGUUCGUGGACAUCAGGGCUCUGUUCCGAGAAACGAAUUUUGAGGAACAGACGAUUUCCAAGGACAAAUAUCCGAGCAUAUUUUCGCGCUAACUGGAGGCUGUUGUGUUUAUUAUCCUUCAAAUAUUUAUUCGCAGCACGCACAGUUACAUUGUUACCUUACCACACGCUUGCUUGUCACGAAAGAUAUAAACUUUGUCCUUUCAAGUGUAACGGCUAUUUUGAUUGGCUUAAAUGGUAUGGCCGGAAAGUUAUCCAAUCACAUUUCGCCUUGUUCAAGGUUGAAUGCUCAGCUCGAGAGCUUGCAUGCAGAGCUUGCAUGCAAACGCCUGUCUGGUUACAAAUCUCUCGAAAGAUUUGGGAGAAUUAACUUAAAAUGGAUCUCGUUCUCGACUUUCUCGAUCAUUAUCUAUUUACACCGUACAUUUAUCCUACCACGUGGCCUGAAAAUGAUUUACUCAGGCAAUUUGUUUCAUUGUUUCUCGUGGCAAACUUCGGAGGCGUGAUCUUGUAUUUUUGCCUCGCAUCUUUCAGCUUCCUCUUCGUGUUCGAUCGCAUGCUUAUGCAGCACCCGCUGAUUCUAGAGAACCAGAUUCAAAAAGAAAUAAUGGUGACCUUGAAAUCUACUCCAUUCAUGAGCUUUCCCACAGCUUUGCUCUUCCUUUUAGAGGUACGCGGGUACAGCCGACUGUAUCUUCCAUCAGACUUCGCCUGGCCACAUUUUCUCGGGGACAUCUUCUUCAGUGUUAUUAGCUUUCUUGUAUUCACCGACUCAUUAAUUUACUGGAUCCAUCGCGGAUUGCACCAUCGCUCUGUGUACCAGUAUUUGCACAAGGUUCAUCACCGAUGGAAAGUGCCAACUCCAUUUGCAAGUCACGCAUUUCAUCCUGUAGAUGGUUUUCUUCAGAGCCUGCCGUAUCACUUGUUCCCCUUCUUAUUCCCUUUGAACAAAUAUGUUUACCUGACGCUUUUCGUUUUCGUCAAUAUUUGGACGGUGUCGAUUCACGAUGGAGACUACAGAGUUCCCGAGAUGCUGCGACCCGUUAUCAACGGAUCCGCUCACCAUACCGAUCAUCAUUUACUCUACAACUGUAACUAUGGACAAUAUUUCACUUUGUGGGAUCGUAUCGGUGGCUCGUUUCGUCAUCCAAACGCUUUCCAAGGAAAGGCUCCUAUCGAUGAUCUGAGGAAAAAUGAAGGCAAAAUGGAGUAAUGGUCGCAAAUAGAGCAAAUAGUUGUGACAUGAAGUUUUGCUUGUUUAUGUGCAGAGACGGCGCGCGCCAUAUACAAAGUAUAUCAUUUCAUGCCUAUUCAACCUAAUUUAAUACAAGAAUGUAAACAUUGGAAUAUUACACCUUGUCACCGCUACCUGAAACCAUUCGUCUCCAGGCAUCAAGAUCUUUUUCAAUUUGGAGAUUUUUCAAGCAAUGCCAAGCUAUAUUUGCGGACAACCAGAGAACUCUAACUUUUCAAACCUUUCUUGCCGUGACCGUGAUUUGCUUCUGGUUCCUCAAAAUAUUGCUUUCUGUUCUCACCAGGAUCCUUAGCUGAAUUCUUUUGGUUCAUGACAGUGGGGUAAAUGGCCAGUCAUAUAUUAUGGGUGUAUAUGUAGUGGUUUUCACAAUGUGUGACUUCUUGAUUGGACAGCUGUAUACCUUGUUGUUUUGUAUAAUUUGUAAUAGUAACUGGACCAAGUGGAGUACAAUUCAAGGACUAAUUGCACGAGUAAUUUCAAAAUUGGUUGA